CUCGGGGCGGAGUUGCGUCACGUGCGGGGAAGAAAGAGCCGGAGGCACACAGGGCGUGGGGCGGAGCGGCCAUGGCAGCUCCGGAGUCGCUGUCCCCGGCGGGCGGCGCGGGCGAGGAGGCGCCGGAUGACGACGAGGACGAGGCGGAGGCCGAGGACCCCGAACGUCCAGGGGCAGUCGGCGGCGCGCGCAGUGGCGGCGGCGGCGGCGGGGCCGGGGCGGGGAGCUGCGGCGGGCCCGGGAGCGCGUUCACUAGGCGCGCGGUCACGCUGCGCGUGCUCCUCAAAGACGGACUGCUGGAGCCCGGCUCCGGGGUGCUGUCCAUCUACUACCUGGGGAAGAAGUUCGUGGGAGACCUGCAGCCCGAUGGGAGGAUUGUGUGGCAGGAAACAGGGCAGGUGUUCAACUCACCCAGCGCCUGGGCCACCCAUUGCAAGAAGCUGGUGAACCCAGCCAAGAAGUCUGGCUGUGGCUGGGCCUCCGUCAAGUACAAGGGCCAGAAACUGGACAAGUACAAGGCUGCCUGGCUCCGGCGAAACCAGUUCCAUGUGCCUGCAGUUGCUGCCGAUGAGAGCCCAGCCAGCGAAGGGGAGGAGGAGGAGCUGCUGAUGGAGGAAGAGGAGGAGGAGGUUCUAACAGGAGUUUCAGCGGAGGAUAAGAGUCGGAGACCACAGGCAAAGGGCCCCUCAGAGCCCGUCCACCCAGAGGCCAUACCCCCAGGGAAACGAGUAGAAAACAAGACCCGGGUGCCAGUGCGCUAUUGCAUGCUGGGUAAUCGCGACUCUGCCAGGAACCCCCACACCCUGGUGGAAGUAACAUCCUUUGCAGCCAUCAACAAAUUCCAACCUUUCAACGUGGCCAUCUCCAGCAACGUGCUGUUCCUGCUGGACUUCCACAGCCACCUGACCCGCAGCCAGGUCGUGGGGUACCUGGCGGGCCGCUGGGACAUCAACAGUCAGAUGCUCACCGUGCUCAGAGCCUUCCCUUGCCGGAGCCGGCUAGGGGACGCAGAGACCGCAGCCACAGUGGAAGAGGAGAUCUACCAGAGUCUGCUCCUGCGGGGCCUGUCUCUGGUGGGCUGGUAUCACAGCCACCCGCACAGCCCGGCACUGCCGUCACUGCAGGACAUCGACGCACAGAUGGACUACCAGCUGCGGCUUCAGGGCUCCAGCAACGGCUUCCAACCCUGCCUUGCCUUGCUCUGCUCCCCUUACUACUCUGGCAACCCAGGACCAGAAUCCAAGAUCUCGCCCUUCUGGGUGAUGCCACCCCCUGAGCAAAGGCCCAGUGACUAUGGCAUCCCCAUGGACGUGGAAAUGGCCUAUGUCCAGGACAGCUUCCUGACUAAUGACAUCCUUCAUGAGAUGAUGCUGCUGGUAGAGUUCUACAAGGGCGCCCCUGACCUCGUCAGGUUCCAGGAGCCCUGGAACCAGGAGCACACCUACCUCGACAAGCUCAAGGGCCGUGACUGCAGUGGUAUGGAAACCAUGGCCUCCUGGGCCCGCCCAGCUGGGUCAGAGCCUGAGUCACCAGCAUGGGCCCACACUGGCUGCCACUGUGAAACCCAAGACGGUGCCUCCCUGGGGAAACAUGGGGCCCAGCCCAAGCCACAGCUCCAGAUCAGGUGCCAUCGGGACCCUGCCAGGUAAGACGCAGAGCUGAGGAGUUGCUGUGGGAGAGGAUGAGCUCAGCCAGACGAGGCAGCAGCCUCCAGAGAUGAACGUAGAUCCAAGGCCUGGGCAGUGGGACAGUCCACAAACAGAAGACGCUGUGUGCCAAGAGCUGGAGGGCAGCUGCUAUGGGAGUUGAGCAGAGAACAAAAGCAGAAGAACCUUCUUUCCCUGGGGAGAGGUGCAGGGUCGGAUGGCUGCCCCACUCCAGGCAGGCAUGCCUGGAGUGGGCCCUCAGGGGCAGCAGAAGUUCCAAUCCUGCCGAGUGGGACGUGCCAAUGGGAUGCCUUGUAAUUGAAUCAUCUCGGCAGGGAAACCUGAUCAAUGUGACACAGAAAAUAAAUGGCUGAUCUCCAAGCUCAGUGA